AUGGCGGACUGCGAACGCCCGGGCAGAGUGGUGCUGCUGGAAGGUGCAUGGAUGGCCUCCCACCCCCGGCCCCCCGAGAGGAGCAGCAAGCCCAGUGGUCUGGAGCAUGGAGAGACAGGCACAGGACAGGGGCAGACCCAAAAGGGGCCCUGCCAGCGGCAGCCAAAGGUUGAACAGCACCAUCUAGUGCGCUUCCAGCCCAAAGGCUCCGUGCCGGGGGACCGUGCACAUCGCUGCCUUGGAGGGUCCACUGGGUGCCACCAGCUGUCAUUCAUGGGUGUCAGGUCAAGCCCGCCUCGCCCCUCUAAACCGGUGCCCGCGGAGGCCGGAGCCGCCGGUGGGGCAGCUGCUCCGGCGGGAGGGCAGAUCCCGGACACAGACGUUGCCCUUCGAUCCCGGACGGAGCGAGCGGUGGCUCCGAGGGUGUCUGUCUGGGACCUGCCGAACCGAGCCAGGCCUCGGAGGUCUCCAAAACGUGACCCACUCUCGGGUCGUCCCCCAUCCGGGCUGCUCGGAGGAGCUCGGUUGGGUUCCGCUUGGCCAGAGCGAGCCGGAACCCCGGAGCUGCCCGGCCCGGAGGCGGCUCCAGCCCAGCUGGGCCCCUCUCGGCCCUUUCCCCGGAGCUCCCCGGGGCCCCCUCAGCCGGGAGCCACCGUGUGCCUCCUCCAACCCCCCCACCCCCGACCCCGCAGCGAUCGUGGCUCUGCCAGUCCCGCCCGGCCGCCCUCGGGCCCCGAGUGCCCCCGCACCGCCUCUCGCGGGCCGGGCCGGGCCCGCUCCGCCCCCGCGGACCGUCUGCCGGGCCCGCAGUACCGGCCGGGGGCGCGGGGGGCGCGGCUGAGCCGCUGUGCCCGGCGCUGCGAGGCAGCGGCGCAGGCGGAGCGGAGCAGAGCGGUGCGGGGCUCGCUGCUGCUCUCUCCCUGUCGCCGCCACAAGCCCGCGGCCGCGGCCAUGGGCGUCCCGGGCCGCCCGCUUUGUGCCGCCGCCUCCCCGCUGCCGCCCGCCGCCCCGGGCCGCCGCUGCUGA